ACAAACGGGAAGCAGCGAUAGAGCCAGCUUCAUUGGAUCACAAUUGAUCUAUACUGCCAGAUAAGUAUCCCAAAUUCACUUGAUUUUUCUCUACCGAACUGCGUGGAAAACAGUUCAAGAUGUGGCAAAAAGUGGCGAUUCUAAGUGUUUUUGUGAUUAUCAGUUUAGUACGUGGCAAUCCAGUCGAUAAUUUAUUACAUAACGAUGGAAUUGAGGAAACAAAAUUUGGAGUUCCUGAAAAAUUUAGCAAAGUAUUAGCAAUAGACGAACCAACAACCUACAGACUUCCAAAUGAUUCAUAUCCAAUUAGUUAUGAUAUUUUUUUGGUCACGGACAUCCACAAAGGAAAUUUUGAUUUCCAAGGAAAUGUCAUGAUAAAAACUGAAAUUAAGGAAGCAACAAACAAGAUUACUUUGCAUUAUAGACAAAUUGAGAUUAAAUUGGUGACUGUGUUCGUAGCUGAACCUCUCGAACCAAUUGAUGGUACUUCUUUUGAUCUAAUUCCAUCACACGAGUUUCUAGUCAUCAACUUGCCACGCAUAUUUGAAGUUGGAUCUGAACUUUUGAUUCAUAUUGGGUACUCUGGAAGGCUUCGUGAUGAUGGAGCUGGUUUCUAUUGGGGAAGCUACAACAAUUCUGCUGGAGAGACCAAAUUCUAUGGUGCAACACAAUUCGAAGUAACUGACGCACGUCACGCAUUCCCUUGCUAUGACGAACCAGGCAUUAGAGCUAUUAUGACUUUAACUAUUGUUUAUGAUAAAUCCUACACAGCACUUGCAAAUACGGAAGUGUUUAUAGAAGAAUUAGAGGAAGAAACAAAUUAUAAAAUAACAACAUUUGCACCGACACCAGUCAUGCAGACAUAUCUUCUUGCUUUUGCCAUUUCAGACUAUGAAUAUGUCAAUGCAACUGAUACUAGAAUUCCACAAAGAAUCUUUGGCACACCAAUGGCUAUUAAAGAAGGUCGAGGUAACUUUGCAGCCACUGUUGUCGGACCGAUUUUACAUAAAUUAGAGGAAGUAUUAAACGUUUUAUAUCCAUUGUCAAAAAUGGAUCAUAUUGCUUUAACAAAAUUCAACUUUGGUGCCAUGGAAAAUAUGGGAUUAAUCACUUACAUCGAAAGAGGUUUACUCCUCAACCCAGCCUUAAGUGAAAGUGCAACAUACAAUCAACAAAAUUCAAUCAUUUCCUUAGUCACUCACGAAUAUGCACAUCAAUGGUUUGGUGAUAUUAUUUCCCCAAAAUGGUGGCAAUACACAUGGCUUAAUGAAGGAUUUGCUACACUUUUUGCUAACUACAUCCCAUCAUUAGUCUAUCCUGAAAGAGCAGCAAUGAGAAGCUUCUUUUCAUCUACAAUCCAAACAGCAUUCAACAGUGAUGGACCUAAUGCAUGGUCUAUGAAUCAUUAUACAGAAAUACCUGAUGAAUUAUGGAAUAAGUUUGGAGGAAUUGGAUAUCAAAAAUCUGGUUGUGUAUUGAGAAUGAUGAUGGAAGUCAUGACUGCGCCUGUCUUCCUUAAAGGGCUGAAUUAUUAUUUAAAUGAAAAUUACAUGAAGGCAGCUACACCAACAGAACUUCACACAGGUCUACAAACAGCUUAUGAUGCAGCUUUCCCCGAAAAGCCAUUAAUGAUUGGAGAUAUCAUGUACUCAUGGGAAGAUCAAGCUGGAUAUCCAUUACUUACUGUCAGAGUUGGUAAAAAUAACACAAUAUUCUCACAAACUAGAUAUCCAGUACAUAAUGGAGAAGUUUAUGCUAUUCCAAUUACAUACGCAACUAAGUCAAAUCCUGAUUUUAGUGUAAGAACUCCAAAACUUUGGUUGCCAGUUCCAACUUUUGGAUUCACACCUGAACAAACAGGAUACACAGAUGGUGAUUGGAUGGUUGUCAAUAUCGAUCAAGUGGGUUAUUAUCGCGUUGAUUACAGUUCAGUUUUAUGGCGCGCCAAUAUUGCGCAAUUGAAUGACGACUGUACAGUCAUAAAUCCACUUAACCGUGCCUUAUUAUUGGAUGAAUUUUAUUUAGGCUGGACACAAUUCAGACGCGUUGGUGGAGCUGAUGCUAUAAAGAUUUUAAGCUAUAUGGGUAAGGAAGAUGAGUUCCUUGCUUGGGCUAGAGGACAGAGAAUUUUUAAUGACUUGAGAAAUCACUUAUUUGACACAUUGGCACAUGAGAAGUUUUAUGAACUUAUUCAAGAAAUUACAAAGCCACAUCUUAACGUAUUAGGCUAUGAAGGAUUCGAUGGAGAAAAUUCCAAUCGUACAUCAUUGAGAAGCUAUGUAAAGCAAUGGAAUUGUCAAGCAUUUGAUAAUGAUUGUUUCAUUCAUGAAAAUGAGAAAUUCAUGAACUUCUACAAUAAUGGACAAGAGGGUGCAACUAAUUUUGACUUCUGUUUUGCAAUGAGAACAAUUGAUGAAACUACAUUUGGUCAGUUGCUUGCUAUUGUUGUCUCAGACAAAGAUUUUGUUAAUCGUGGUCGAUACAUUCAAUACUUUGGAUGCUCAUUGAAUCAUGAGAAUUUGAAGAAAUUAUUGAAGAUAACAUUAGAUGAAGGAAAUAAUCUUGAAAACGAUGAAAUACAAACUAUUUUGACUAGCACAUACAGCAAUUCAAGAGAUGGAUUGACAUUAGCUUUAAGCUUCCUUGAUGAUAAUUACAUGAAAUUGAAACCAAUAACAAAUCUUACAGCUAUUAUUGAAAACUUAAUAAAUUACAUGAAUACACAACGAAGUGCUGACAAGAUCUUUGCUCUUGCAAAUAAAUUCGAAGCUGCACAAAUUAUUUCAAAGAAAUUUAAUGAAGAGAUUGUAACUAAGGUUGGAGAGAUGGAAAAAUGGAUAGACACAAACAUUUUUGAUAUCUUAGAUUACUUUGGAGUUGAAAUUCCAACAGCAGAACCAACAACUCCAACUGCUGCACCUACAACAGUAGAUCCAACAGCCUCGACAACAACAGAAGGUCCAACAACAACACAAGCCCCAACUACUACAGCUUCCCCAUCCACAACACCAGCUUCAGCUCAAUCAGUAUUCAUCUCAAUUAGUUUAAUUGCUGUCUGUGGGAUUGUGAAUUUGAUGAAGUUGCUUUAAAACUAAGUGCUUUGAAAAUGAAGUAUUUGAGAACUUUAUAAAAUUAUUCAAAAUUGAACAAAAUAAAAUAAAAAUAAAUUUUUAAAAAGUU